AUGGAGUUGGACAGAAUAAGCAACUUACCAGGUGGUGUUAUACAGAAGAUUCUGUCGUAUUUGCCGAUCAGGGAGGCGGUGAGGACAAGUGUUUUGUCCAGCAACUGGAGGUGCAAAUGGGCUAUGCUUCCGCGUCUCGUGUUUGAUGAUCAACAAAUCGGUGCAACCAGCAAGUCAAGGAGGAGGAAGACUACGUUUGUGAGCAUUGUUGAUCGUGUUCUGUUGCUUCAGAUCGGCCCCAUUGAUGCUUUUGAGCUUGUUUAUCGGAAGUUUAUUGCUGCUAGUGAUGUCGACAGAUGGAUUCUUCAUCUGACGAGGAAAUCUCUGAAAGAGUUCACGCUUGCAAAAUUCCGGGGGUCUCGAUAUAAUGUAUCGUCGUGUUUGUUUUCUUGCCAAGAGUUGGUUCAUUUGGAUUUACACAAUUGUUCAGUCAAGCCCCCUUCGGCGUUCAAAGGCUUCAGGAGAUUGAAGAGUCUUCGUCUUGAGAAUGUUGCCGUUGCCCAAGAUGCGUUUGAAAAAUUGAUUGGUUACUGCCCCCUGCUUGAGAGACUGACUCUGAUUGACUUAAAUGGUAUCACCCAUCUCAAGAUCGAUGCACCUAAUCUCAAAUUCCUUGAAGUCCAUGAUACUUUUGAGGAUGUUAAGGUUGACAAUACCUUAAAUCUGGUUGAUGUUUCAAUUGAUUUUGGUGAAGCUUCUAGCCACUCUAGCAAUUUGCUCAAGUAUUUUGUUCAGCUACCACUUAUGGAAAGGCUCACAAUCAAGGGUUUCCUUUCAAAGUGUGCUAUUGGUGCCUCGGCAGAGGAGCUGCCUAAACCAUAUCAAUGUCUUAAGUUCCUUUCUAUAGGUAUACGCUUGAAUAAUUUGGAGGAGAUAUUAGCUGCUUUAUGCUUUCUGAGAAGCUCACCUGCUCUACAAGAACUCAAAAUUUCAGUUCACCAAGAAGGUGAGGCUACAGCUGGAGAAGCGACCAAUUGGCUAAAUGAAAACCAUAAUUGGGCAUUCACCCAACUCCGACUUAUGAAAGUGACUGCCUUCUCUGGUGUUAAAGCUGAAGUAGACUUCAUCAAAAUUCUUCUUUUGUGCUCUCCUGCUCUUGAAGAACUAGAAAUUGUGGCACCUUUUGAAGAUCAGGCUGUCUCAGGAGAAGUGAAUUCUUGGUUAGAUGCCAACCUGAACUGGGCAUUCACCCAACUGCGACUUGUGAAAGUGACUUCCUUCUCUGGUGUGAAAGCUGAAGUAGACUUCAUUAAGUUUCUGCUUUUAAGCUCUCCUGCUCUUCAAGAACUACAGAUUUCGGCUCGCGAUCAGGUAGUUCUCGGAGAAGCGAACCCUUGGUCAGAUGACAACCAAAAUUUUGUAUUCACCCACCUACGAGUUGUGCAGUUAACAGGCAUUCAUGGAGUCAAACCUGAAGUAGAUUUCAUCAGAUUUCUGCUUUCAAGUUCACCUGUGCUUGAGAGGAUGACUAUUCAGCCUACUUCUGCGGAUUGUUCUUUGGAAUUGUUGAAGAAAUUGGUCCAGUUUAGGCGUGUGUCAGUGGAUGCAGAGAUAAGCUACUUGGAUCCACUAAGUUCAGAUUCUGAUGAGAAUUCUGACUUUGAUUCUGAUGAUUAUACUGAUGAUCUUGAGUCUGAUUCAGAUUCUGACUGAACUGUUUUGCUAGGACUAGUUAAGUCAUGGGUUCUUGAUAGGAUUUCAUAAAUGGUUCUUGCGUUGGUACUUGAGGGUUAGUUCUGAGAAUUAGCUGUAGUCUACACCCGUUAUGGUUUUUGUUAGAAGUUAGCAUAUACAGUUUUCAGUAGGAGCCACACUGCCCACACAGCUUGCUUGCUAAUGAGCGAUCUUCAU